AUGUCUACCAAGAUAGAACGACGGUUUUUAUUCAGGGUGCCUCCACGAGGUCAACGUACAAUGGGCUGGAUGAUUUGGAUGGGCCACUUUGGUUGGCUGUGGCACAUGGUCCAACGAAUCUGGCCAAACCAGCUGCGUAGGGGACCAGCGUUUCCACUCCCGUGCCAGCCUCGAAGUCAAAAUGUCGCCUCAGGGCGAAUCGGUGGUGAACUUUUUUCCAUAAGUGUGGCCUAUAACCUUAUUGACUCAGUCACAUCAAUCCAACAAAUGGACAUUUCAGCCACGAAGCGCACUGCACGAAUAGGACCAUACUGCAAACUUACAAUGGGAUGGAGCGCUAGAAUCAACGUUCAGGCCAAGGCCCUGACUCAAAAGUACCGCAAAGUCUACGAUGCGUCCGUGGUCCUUGAUGAGGCAAAGCUUCCGAUUCCAGUGGCCCUGGUCGAGGAGUUUGUUCUUGACAAUGACGAUAUGACCGGAGUUCACGAACUCAGGGGAGUAGUCGUUGGCGGGGGUAGCAACAUAGGGGGACGUCUGGUAAUGGAGAGAAGUCGCCACGAGCCAGGCAGCACAAACAAUAUUUUUGCUGGUAUUGGACCAGGUCUCAACGUACGUGGCCGUGGAUUGGUCCUCAAGGAUUCAUUGGUGGAAGCAGGGCCUUCUGGGAGUGAGUGGAGAGUCGCUGUAGUACUUCAUAGAGAAUGGGACAUGGAGCCAUGGCAAUUUACAUGUUACAGCGUAGUGGUUAACCAGCUCACACUAGCUUUGCUCCAACCAACAAUUGCUGCUUCGUAG